AUGUUGCUCGAAUCACCGCCAGAUUUUGGCCAAGUGGGAAAAUCAUCCCUCGCUAUCUCGCCAUCAGUUGAGCCUCCCGACGAUCCUACGUUUGAUUCAGCUAAACUUUCACCGGAGCCCCUGAGGUUGGUAAGCAAGAAACGGUCCGCAGUCCGAAAAAUCAACGAAGAUCCAUGGCGGACGUAUGAGCCAGGUAUGCAGAUAUAUCUCGGCCGAGAAGUAAUACUUGCGCAACAUCGGGAAAACAAUAUGGAGCUGGUCGAUGUCCAAAAGCUUCAACAGACACCUUCUCCCGUCGAACCUAUGCUACAAUUCAUGGGUCAGAUCUCCCACUCAAGUUUCCCGAGUCUCAAGGAGUGUUUUGUCCACGAUGGUUGCAUAUUUCUCGUCUGGGAGCCGCUGGAGCUUUCCGUUAGCCAGUUAUUAGCGGUGAAGAGCCCCAUCGCCGAGAGCGAACUGGCGGCAAUCGUCCGGCCGGUUCUUGAGGGUAUACAAUACCUGCGUAGUUGCGGAAGGGCGCUGGCAACGCUGAGCGCCGAUACCAUAUUACUGACAGAAUCCGGUGAGGUCAAGAUCGCCGGAGUGGAGCGCAGCUGUGAACUCAGCAAGGCAGAGAUGAAUGCAGCCACGUUGAAGCUGUUUGCCUUGGCCGGGAUUGUCGACAAGAUAAUCGGAAAGACCCUGCCGUCAUAUCCAUGGAGCGGCGAGGCCAAAAGCCUAUCCCGAGACCUGAAAACCUUGUCAUUAGAGGAAUUAUUACAGGUAAGCUCCGCAUCCAGUAAUUUUGCGGCCAAGGCUGAUCAGAUAGAACAAACACUGGAAAAAACUGGCAGCCCCAGGAGCCCUGAGGAUGUUAGCGAAGGUAGCCAACAAGACCGCCUACCAUAG